UUACAGAAGUGGCGUCCAUCUGUUAAAACUCUGAAGAUACCGUGAAGGUUUUGCGAACUCAUCUUUUCAGACGAAUAAUUUUGAAAGAACAUGUCGGAGUCAGCUGCGUUUCUUUUUCUUUUAUUGAGUACAGGUGAGGCUCCAAAUCUGUCAAAUUUAAAAUGAUUUCACAGCGGUAUCGUGAAUGAUUGAGUAAGCCUCCACAAACUAGUGGUUCAUGAUUAGCAAUCCAAAAUGCUUCAGUGGUUUUUAAUUAACCCAUUUCCUUGGUCGGAAUGCAGUAAGCUGUCUUCCCUUUAGUUUGAGUUACUGAAAGAUAAACUAUGAAAUGGAAGGGGUAGUUUUUGGUUACGAUUUGUUACCAAGGGAAAGAAAAAGCUCCAGAGGAUGGGCCGAGAAGUUUAUUUUUCAAAUUGUAUUCAAUACACCGCUUGACUGAACAGAACGAACAAAGGGGCGCUGAAUAAGCUAUUGAAUUUAAUCUCCAUCAAGACAAUAUAUAUCCCUCGUAGCGAGCUUACAGUUCCGUUCGAAUUUAGUUCGACUAGUUGACAUUCUCUGCUCGAAUAUUCAACUCACGUAAGUAGAUAUUCAAACUAAAAACUAUAUGACACUUCGCUAAAACCGUGUUUACAAAAGCGAAAGAAUCGCGAGGCAACCAUUGAAGGACCUCCAUUUGUUCAUUUGAAACGAGGAUUACUUUUGAUUGAGUGGUAAACUGGGAAGGCAGUCUAUUAAAGGUCAAAUUAGGUAGCUGGAGGAAACGAAAUGAAUUGGUCGCUCUUGAAAUGAACACGGAAAAAUUUAGCAGACGCGCGUCAGUCACAUGACGCUGUCAUUAUGGUCUAGCUAGCGCUGUUUAUCAUGUUUUGAUUUUCUUUUUCCUUUUACUUGUGCGAAGCGACAGAUAUGAUUGAUAUUCCUGUAAGAAACCAUACAAGUGACCAUCGUUAACUGCUCUAAAAGCGAAAGUGUGAUAUCGAUUCUUUGUUCACACCGAAGGGUGAGCAAUUUGAUAAAUGUAAUUGAUGAAUUUUAUUGGAGCAUAUUACAACAACCCAGCACGUGAGUAGAAGUAAACUUUGAAAAAAAUUCAGUCACCAGAAAGUUAGAAAAUAUCAAGAGUACAGCAAUCCCUGUCAGCACCGCGAAUUCGUGAGGAAUGAGGCGGAAAUUAAGUAGGUACAUAUAUUUCACAGCCUGCUUAAUCUCGAAUUAACUUAGCAUUGUUCAGCUAUCCUAUUUCUGUCACGCGUAAGUAAGGAAGAACGCGCGACAGAAUUAAAAAUAAAACAAUAAAAACAACAACAACAGCGGCUGGUGAAAAUGUUUUACGUACCCAUUUUUUCACAGCUGUGAUAAAGAAAUUGGAAAGCUUGGGAGUGUACAGCUGUCUUUCUUUUGUCACGUUUAAGUAAGGAAGAUAGCGUGACAGAGGCGCAAAAGCAGUGUCAUCAAAGUAGGGAAGGAAUGCGUGCAAAGAACGGGAACGCUCGCCUUAUUGACACGGCAAUAAUUUAUGUGUACACUAUCAAUGAUUUAAUUUCAAAGACUGUGUUUUCCACUGCUACUUUAAAUUUAUCUAGGGUACUGUUGGAUAUCAAUAUUCUUGUUGUUUGUACCUUCCUUCGAAAACAUCGUGCUCAGGAACCCCCCCACCCUACUUAACUAACGUCUUUGCGGUCAGUAGUCUUACUGUAGGCGCGGAAGCUCAUUACUAAAUACCUAAGCAUAUUUCUGCUCAUUCUGGAAACUUUGCAGCGUCUUAGAAAAUUCCCCGGGUUGUUCUGGUUGUUCACCCUCUCUUGUAUGGAGUGAGAGGCGCUUACUGUAAGGGUUAAGUGCUUUUGCCCAGAAACACCACCUAAAGUAGAGACCUUAGGCAUUCCGUUGAAACUAAUUAAUUAUUUUCAGUUAGAAUUUCGCAAAUGACUGAAUGUGUUUACCGUCUUUUCCUGCGCCCCGCAGAAGUCGGGCUUUCCGCUCUCAGACCACGCAAACUUUGGUUACAAUUCACGUUGUGGUUUUGCAGAGGAAGGCUAAGAAUUUUAGAUGGCUUUAAAACGCGCCUACCGAGCUGUUUUCUGCCCAUAAGAUCUUUAGUUUUGCCAAGUCCUCGUUGCUGUAGUUGCCGGGGCCUCAAAGUCCCUAAUAAAUACGCUUAAAGUUUAGGCCAGGGUCACUCCCUCUUUUAUCCAGCACGAAAUACCACAGGCAGACAACACUAUGUGUUCCUGGUAAAUAAUUGUUGACAUGAAACGAAUAAAAUUUAUGAGGGUUAUGGAUAUAACAUAUCUAAAUUACUUCUCGGUCUGAUUAUUCCAAUAAAGUUAAAUACAACGUUAAUAAACUUAUUUGUGGUAUUUUUACGCCUUCAUGGGCCGUUUGAAGCGUCUUUUUACGAAAUUACUUUUGGCCGGCCAUUUUGAGAGCUUUCUUCUAAACUCUUAGAUAUCUUGUUCGUCUCAUGUCAACAAUUGUUAAUCACGAACACACAGUAUGGUGUGCCUGUGGUAAUACAUAAAGCCUCCGCCUUUCCCAUAAGGAAUAGUGAUCUGUAUUAUCUUCCCAGCGAGAUGACUGUGAAAUUGUUAUUGCGUUUACACAGGUCUGUCAUUGGUCAGCUGCAAAGUAGGAGUAUGUAACACGACAUACUUCAUCUCUAAUGGACAGCAGUGCCAGAGAGAAAUGAUCAAGAAUCUGAUGACAAACCCGAACACUAACUGCAGGUAGGUAUGCACGCUCUUAGGGUAGCUACUUCAAGAAAUUUUUCGUUUUGCUUUGUUUUGUUUUUUGUUUUGCUUUGCUUGUUUUGCUUUGCUUUUUUCUGUUCUAUUCUGUUCUGUUCUUUUCUGUUCUGUUCUGUUCUGUUCUGUUCUGUUCUGUUCUGUUCUGUUCUGUUCUGUUCUGUUCUGUUCUGUUCUGUUCUGUUCUGUUCUGUUCUGUUCUGUUAAAUCCUGGUUAAGUAUGGAGAUAGAAAGUCAAAGAAAAAAACCAAAGGAAAAAACAAUAAUGAACAAGGAUGGCUUGCGACUGAGGCGAUGAAAUCGGAUUAUAAAUUAGACAGUUGUCACAAGUGAUCUCUGAACAAGUAACAUAUUGCUAUUUUAUUCCCGCUAUCGAUGAAAUGAGACUUCAAAUUCGUAACAAAUAAAUGGAGAAGGAGAAGUGGCCAUUUUAGUUGACUUUUAACACUGUAGACAAAAUUUUUCGAAUCACUCGUUGCUAAUAGAGUAUAAAGGUGGGGCCAUAAAAAAUUGACCACCCAUGAGGGGGGUCACUUGAAUGCUACAGAGCCUUUUGAGGGAAUCAGUUAAAUUUUGUUUUGACACAACCAAAAUCCUCCGACCCUCUACCCCCCCUGGGAUGAAUAACCCAUUUCUUGGUGAGUAAAUAGUGGGAUGUGAUACAAUCCUUCUCACAUGAAUUAUGACAAUUGGCUCUUUUCUAUUUUGCAGUUACGAAUACGAGAGGGAAAAAUCCUGUCUGAAGACCCACGUUGCAACUUGCAUGAGUACAUUUGUUGUCCAGGUGACGUCACUACUUCUUCAUCAAUUAUACCAUUGUGGCGACCUCACUUACCAACCCUCUAUGGUCAAUAAAUUAAUUCUUGGAAAGAUCAAAUGCAAGGAUGAAGCAUUUAUGGACACCGAGUUUUGCUGGGAGUAUUUCCGAGAUAAGUUAAAUUCCAAUCGGUCUGACCCAUCUUUGUGCAGGUGAGAUUUGGGAUGAUUGCGUUGGUGCCAUUGUAUUUUUUUUUUCGCGUUGCGUUUCCAUAUCACUCAGAUCGGCAAACCUUGAUUCCUAUGCCGUGUAGUUUUUCAAAUACCCCCCCCCUAAAGAAGUGAGGGAAGAAGGAGAAAUAAUUUAAUUUUUUAAGUGUAUUUGCAUGCAUUUCUUUGAGUUCCAAACCUGCAACCUUUUUUUACGAUAAAACACUUGUGACUUACUUUUAGAAGGCUCAUUCUACUUCAAGAUCACUGAAAUACUACGUUUUUGUUUUGCAUUUUUUUUUUCUUUUGGUUUAUUAUUCGUUUCCUGAGCCACCUUUACUCGGUAUUUCUCUUAAGUAACGUUUUAGUCCUCCAUUUGCCCCUCUUAACAUGGCAUUUGUAGUAAGAAACCGUAUUUUUGUUAACAAUCUUAGAUAAAGCAAGCAUUCGAAAAAGAAAGUCAACAGUUUGUGAAGGUUUCUAUCAGCUUUGGUUCUUAUGCAGGGGGAUUGAUAAUAGGAGAUUAUUGUCAAUAACUAUCUUAAUUUAUUUCAUGAACUAGAUGAUGUACAACUUUAAAUCUCUAUUGGUAUAAAAGUAUACUAAUUAAUGGAUACAGUGAUAUUUGUUCUAAUCUGUUUCCAGGGAAUAUGCUUUGGCAAAGCAUUGUAUAAAUGAAAAAGUUAUGGCAAAUUGUGAGAUAUGCAGCUCGCUUGUGAGAGAUCAUUACAAUCCGUUUUGCGCAAACAAAAGCGAUCCACUAAUGGUCACGAAUGGUACUGACUUUUUUUUUUCUGAUCAUGUCUUCUGUCUGUCUGUCUAUCUAUCCCUCUGUCUGAUUGUCUGUCUGUCUGUCUGCCUGUCAUAGCCUGUCUGUCUGUUUAACUUUCUGCCGGUCUCUUGUUGACUUUUUUUUCUGUCUGCCUGUCUUUCAUAAUCUGUCUGUUUGGUUGUCUGUUGGUCUCUGUCUGUUUCUUUGUCUGUCUACCUGUCAUGGUCUAUCUUUCUGUUUGACUCUCCGUCGGUUUCUGUCUGUCUAUCUCUCUGUUUGUUUCUUUGUCUGUCUGCCUGUCAUAGUCGAACUAACUGUUUCACUGUCUGUCGGUCUCUGUCAACUGUCUGUCUGUCGUUCGAUCUGGCGGCCGUUAACAAUGUCUCCUAUUUGAAAGAAAGAGGCCUGAUUUCAGUUUAUAAUCAGUAUUAUUGUUAAUUUUUUUUUGAUAGGAUGUCAGGAUUUAGCGAAGCCCCUUCCGUGUUCCUCUUCCUCAGUAUACAAAACAGCGUUAGAAUGCGAGAGAAUUUUUUUGAAGAGCUUUAUGGAAAACGACAAAACUGAUUGCGGGUAUGUUCAUAAUAGUUCUUAUUUUGCUUUAGGCUUUGCCCAUCAUACUUGUGUUUGAGAUGGAAUUUAAAGUAUAGGAGCGAUGAUUUGGAAUAAUACUUGAAUUAAAUUUCAAUUAUACGAACGGUACAUUAAAUAAUGUCAAACCAUACUGUUUGUCAUUUGCUAUUCUGUAUCAGGAUAUCUUUGACAACUAUUUGUGAUACUUCUUUUCCUCUGUCUAAGGACGCGUUAGCCUCCAGUUGAAAUAUUAAUCUAGGAGUAUUUUCUCUACUAGGCGAAAAGGUAUAUAAGUAGAUAUAGAUAGCUGGCACUGAGUGAACCAAUCGGAACACUAGGUAUCUUAAGGUAUCUAUCAUUUACGCUAAUAGAAAAACCAUAUCUUUUUUGUAUAUAAUUUUCGUUCGUGUACAGCUUCCAGUGCAUCAUUUUAGAAAAAAAAAAGCAGAUUGACAGUUUCUAUACAUUUACAUGUUGAAUAAAAAAAAAAAAAUUGGGAAAACUCAGUUUUCAAAUUUCAACGAGAACCAUCGAAUAACACUGGGUACAUUACUUUAAACUUGUCCUUUGUUUAGCCAAUAAAACGAGAGGGUUACGUUGACAUUUCACUUUGAUAGUAUUCCUAGUAAAUUUCCUACAUUAUUUGUACAAAUGUUAUUUCCAUUUGGAUUUUUUUCUGUUGAAGCGUAUGGUCACGAGUUGAAAUCAAAGCUGAUGUAGUUGAAAAAAUACACUGAUUGUGAGAUUUGCGGGAGAAUGGGGUUUUUGUCAUUAUUUAUCGCCGGGGGUGUGGGGUAGGGUGGCAGGAGUUUGUUUUUGUCACGAUAAAAUUUACCUAAUCCCCGGCCCCUUCAAAAGCAGUUAAGUGGCAGUCAACUCUCUUUAGUCCCCCCCCCCCUCUCCCCUUAUACUCUGUUGGUGACAACUGGUCCCCACCCCGUUCCUCGUGAAGUAAUCACCCCUAAUCCUCUGUCCUCGGCGAUGAAUUAAAACAGUUCCCUAACGAUAUUUGAUCUACAUCUUGUUCCCAAUAGACCUGCGCUCACCACACUGAAAAGUUGCUUGGAUGAGCAGUUAUCUCAGAGGUGUAAAGACGACUCUAAUAAUCGGCGAGUCGUGGCUGACAUAAGGAAAGCUGUAAUGGCGGUGCUUCGCGGUCCAAGAUUCUUUUGUGAUGCAGUGAACCUACGCACGAUCGAUCUUGAUUUCAAAGCUCGUCCCACGAUCCCUUGUAAAGCAAACUUUUUUCCAGAGAUGGAGAAAUGCGCCGAACCUGUAAGGAUGGAGUUCAAUGCACAAAACGGUAUCGGUGGGGAAUUUUGCAGGUAAACAGUUGUGAGCUAGAGAGUAAGCCUACGAGGAUGGGAAGGGGAGAUUUGGAGAUAGGGAAGGGGGGGGGGCGUAGGGGGGAAACUGGCUAUGCGAGGAGUAGAGCCCCUUAAUUAAGUCAGAGUUUUCACAAUUGUUUGGUAAAAGACUGGUGCUUGGAAAUUUAAGCCAUGGAGGGAAGUGUUACAGAGUUUUGAAACACUGCAAUCAUUCAAACUUAGUUUUAUACAUACAAUAGUGGUCAAGAAGUCUACUUUUUUACUCUAAGUGAUGUUCCACCGAGGCUUGGCUAGAACUUUUAAUUCUAUCUUAUUCUUUGAUUAUGUUGUAUAAUUUCGCUAUCGUUGUUGUUGUUGUUGUUGUUUAUUUUAUCGCAAUUGUAUCUGUCUCUUUGUUUGUUGUUGCAGUGUGCAAAUUAUUGCAACCGCUGCAGCCUUCUUGCCAAUAGCAAAAAAGAGUUAACUAGCCUUAAAGGGCAAAAAAAUUAGCGAUUAGGCGUAAGAAUUGACAAAUGUUAACCGUUAGUCAUAACAAAAGAGAACCGUAAAAAUGUUUUCAUUUCUAGAAUGUGUCAUUUUGUGUCAUUUUGGGUUAAUCGUUAGGCGUAAAACGGCCAAAAUUUUUAACCGUUAGCCAUCACUCCAUUUAGACUCUCUUACAUUCGUUUCAAUUACUAAUUAACCAAUAAAAACAUUUUUUCUUCCUUUUGUCCGUUUUCUUCAGCAAGUUCCGCACAGCUUUAAAUUGUUCCAAUGGUGUGCAAAAAUCCUUUUGUGAGUUUGAUGAAAGCGUUGUUGGUAUGAUUCAAAGAUCCUACUCAUCGUUUUGCGUGGAUGGAACCAGCACUGGUGGAGAGGGCCGUAACAAUACUGCAUCUUCUACGUCUGCAAGCUUUGCUUUUUUAUCUGCCUUUGUUUUUCAAGUACCGAUGUUAUUGGAUGCCAUCAACUCCAUUUUGUUUUCUGUACAGUAUUGAUUUCUGUAACGUAUUAUGCCGUUAGGAAUUUUUCUCCAACUUGCAUAUUUACCACAGUCGCUUUUCUGAUCGACGUCUUUUCAUUUGUUGUUCACCUUUUUUAGUGCGGCCUGUAAGUCUAACUUGAAUUAAUAUUUUAUUGUUCGUGAAACUUUUCGAAGACCUUGUGUUAUUUUCCUUUGUUCAGUAUCGUUCCCCCCUGGGAGGGUAGGUCAGAGGAGGCGAGG